AUGCUCCGCGCUCUGCAGCGCUCUUCAGUCCCGCGAUAAAACACGUAGCGCGAGCACACAGACGCACUACCCAAGUAGGAGCAGCAGCGAGAGGAGAGCGCGCGCGCCCGUUACUACACUGUUGGUACCGUUUUCGAAACUCCGAAAUUUCGAAUAACCAAAAAAAAAACAACAGCGGUCGUGUAUAUGUGUGGCAGUUGUAGCUAUAUAGUUGUGUGAUAUAGUAUAUAUAGCAGCUGCAGUUGUGCGAGUGUGUUUUAUGCAUAGAAAAUAUAAUUUCUUUUUCUAAAUAAAAUCGUGUGCGGUCGCUUGCGGACGAGCUGCCAUGCGAGCCGAUCCCCGCUGUGCUAAUAAUCGUAAUAAUCAUAAAAAAGUAGCAGGUGCUCGUAAGCUCGUUCAUCCAAAGUGCUAAAGGUGCCAAAUAAUACAAAAAAUUUAAAAAAUCACAACACCGAUCGAGAGAGUGCAUCUCAUUCGACCCUCCAAAAGUUUCCAAAUAGAAACGAGCGAAAGAUUCGCCGAGUUUAUUUUUCAAAUAUCUAAAGUUUAGAACGUAGAGGCGAAGAAACCGCUAUUUCAAGAUGCCUUGCUCAGCAGUGACGCUCUCUCUGGCCACGAUAACCGGCAUCAUAGCCACGGCGCUCCUGGCCAUUGCCUUCUCCACCGACAAUUGGCUCUUCACUGAGGUCAAACGUCAUCAAAUACAGCAAUACUUAACCCAACAUCCAGACAGCGUCUCGAUCGAAGCUUUCGAGAAGAAGUUCUACUACUACACGAGGACGCACGGCCUCUUCAGGAUAUGCUUUCCCAAGGAAAAGCCACAAAUACCCGACGUCUAUCUGAGCCCGCUCGAGACCAACUGCAUGAACAUCGACUACUUCAUUCCCGAUGAGGAGAACCAAACGCGAGGAUUCUCCGAGGAUGCCAUGACACGACUUCACAUGGGCCGAUCGGUGAUUGCCUUGUUCAUGGUCGGCUACCUGUGUAUCUUCUUUGCCUUCUGGACCGGGGUCUUUGGCUGCUGGAGGAGAUCGCCCGGAAACAUCACGGCCACGGCUAUUCUCAUGCUUCUCGCCUGCCUCCUGUGCGCUGGCGGUAUGGGCUUAUGGCACGGCGUCGAGUACUUCGAGAAGGAAAAAAUGGUCGGCGAGGAGUAUUAUCUCGGCUGGUCUAACGUGUUGAAAGACAAUUCGCUAAUCUCGUACGACUGGUCGUACGUGGUGGCUUGGGUCGGCGUCGGUUGGUCCCUGGUCAGCGCUAUACUCUUCAGCGCCGCGGCCAUAUGCUUACGGGGCGAACGUAUGCGCGAGGAGGCCAUGAACAUGCAGUACCUCAUGCCUGGUAUACCCACCUUUUUUCCCACAUACGAGCAUGCCCUGUACCCGCAAAAGCAGCAGUUCGCUUACGCCGGCUAUCCAGCGGCCGCGGCCUAUCCAGGACCCUACUAUCACGCUGGUGCGGCACCCGCACCGCCUCCACAGGGCUACGGAUACAACUAUUGAAUGCAACAUGACCAGCAGCGGAGCGAUAACUUAGCAACGCGUACUUAAUGAUGACGACGAUGAAGAAGAAAAAGAAAAGAUUGAGAAGAAAAUAAUUAAGAAAAAAACACAGAUUCUUCAAUUUCGUGAAUGCUGAGAAUAUAUGCGAUAAUAAACAAUAUUAACGUUACGUUGCUUUAUAAAUAUAAAAUAUUUUUCAAAUCGUUUUGGAUGUAUAAAAUGAUAUAUUAAUUUAUUAUGUGUAUGUAUGUAAAAGAAGCAAUUCUGUACAUAUGUAUAAGUCAGACGAAAUUUUUUUUUCUACGCCUCAGAGACGACUGCGAAAAGGGAGAUAAGCGCGAGAUGACGCGAAGAUCGGUAUCGAUUUUGUGAAAUGAAAAAUCGAUGCGUCGCAUCUUCUCUUCAUCGCGUCUAUGUCACGCGAAAUGUGGAUGCAAAUCUACGAAUAAAAAAAUAUUAGAAUUUAUACUAUGUAACUCAUGACAAAAAAAAAAUUCACCGCAAGUGCUGCUAAAAAAAAGAGAGAGAGACGAGAAAAAAUGUAUAAGACUAUAAUUACUUAAAACUAAUUUCUUUCGUGUUAAAUGUAAAAGCCCAAAGUGCACAGGCACAGCCGUGCAUCUGAUUAUUAUGUUUGUACGAACCUUCGCUCUUCGUAUUUGAUCUUUUGUAUGUUGUGUCAGUAUUUAGAUCUAAAAGUAUUUAAAUACUCGUUUUUUUAUUAUUUAUUUACAUAUUUAUCUAUUUUUGAAAAUUGAUGUUAUAAUUGCUUAUUAAUGUCUCGGAUCUACGUUUUUUCAUACAUAUAAAAAAAAACAUGACAUCUCUCCAGCAUCCACGAUUCAUUUCAUUAUUAUAUCAUAGAUAAUAUUAUUAUUAUACUGCGAAGUUGUAACAAAGCGUUUAUUUGUUAUGAAAAAACACUUGCGCACGUAAACGUAAGUGCAUCAAGCCUCAUUUUUUUUGCAUUUAGAUGUAUUAUUUUUGCAGUUUAAGUAGAUAUAUAAAUUUAAUUGUACAUGUUUUUACAUUGUCUCCUUAGAAUUGUUUAGUUUUGUUAAUUAUCUAUAUUUGUACCAUGUGCUGUACGAAUUUUUCAAUAUACGUAUAACAAUCGAGAAAUAAUCUCUUAAUUACGAGUCUUUUAUAUGAAUUUACAAUACAAUAGACGCAUUAAACGCGACACUAUUAUUGUGUAAAAAUGCAGCGUACAGCAAAAGAAAUAAGAUCGUACCGGCAGAGUGUCAGUUCUCUGCGGUUCAUAUAAGCUGGAAUCCAAAUCAUCUGAGCUGAGUGUCAUUUAUAACGAGUAUUCGUGUGCGUUAAUAAAAAAAGGGCAAAAAAUACAAAAUGGCAAUGACUUAUUUUACCUUAGCUGUUAAACUUGUGACUUUUGAAAAACAUUUUCAAGCGCUCGAAUUAACAUUAGAUUUAAUUCUUUGCCGAUUUUAACAUUCCUAUAACGAAAACCAUUGUAUGCUUGUUGUAUUAAUUCUCCUUUGAAAUUUAUUGAAUUCUCAAUGAAAUGUAUUUUAUUUUGCGAAAAUUUUCGUUCAAUUAUCUCGACGAUCUAACAUUUUCGAAUAAAAAUUAUUAAACCUA